AUGGCCAUUGUGUUGAUUGUCACCAUGACCGGAGCAUCCAAUAUGAGCUCUUCUUCCACUAGCACUGACAAUGAUGAUGAGGACUUUCGUCGCAAUACCACUACUCUCACUGAGUCGCAAACAAGCAAUGGUCGGCCAAUGAUUCCUCGCGCUGAGAAACCAGCUGAACCAGUUUUGCCCUCGCCAUCCAAGAAGACCGUUCGUCAACUCUACACCGAAGAUGAGAACAACCACAAGGGAUGGCUCUUGAUGAUGUGCCUUGGUUUGAAGUCGGAAGAUGGUUCUCGUGACCUUGGAGAUGUGGAACAGGAACCUUGGUCGCUCUUGAAGAAGAAACAAAUUGGGAACUUCAAAGUCAAGAAGCCCAAGAUGCUCGCUGAAGUGAACCGACGCUGUGCCAUCUCAGGGAAGAAGGAACAGCCCAACAACUGGAAUGUCACUCGCUUGAAGAAAUGGUUGACUGAUCAUCCAAUCGAAACUGAAGAGGACGUCAAGUUCCUUCAAAGGACAGAGAAUUCUCUCCACGAUGCCACGAAAAAUGUCACUACCCAACAGGGAGGAGAAGGUGAAAAGAAAUCGAAGCAGCAGCCAUUCGAACAUCGUGACUUCUUGCGUUUGUUUGCUGCUGCAUGUACUGAUCGCGUCAGGAAGUCUUUGAAAUUGGCUGGGAAAGUGAUGGACCGACAGCGUCUGGAUGCAAGGAAUCGUACUGACGCUCCUGAUAACUUCUACGAGGAGCUGCAUGCUACGUAUCACGACGAUAUGUUCCUGGCUGAGAUACCCUCUAUACCGAAUUUGCAUGAAGAUUUUCUGGUUGAGGAUUUGAUUCUAGCUUCGGAAGUUACCCCUUGCUCUGUCGAAUACAUCAAGUCAAAGUGGACCUUUUGCAAGUCCAAGCUGUCGACUCUGGUUGCUCGCUAUGAGAAGAGUGGAGCUGGUGAGGGUCAAAUUCAUCAUGAUGUCGAGGAACUGGCUCAAGCUGAUGCGGAUGAGGAAGAUGUGGAAUCCAACGAAGCAGAGGCUUCCACGGACCAACCAGAAAAGAUGCCAUCUCAGAAAGCUUGGGGCAGUGAUCUACUUGGGCAUUAUCUCCAAGCAGGCGAAGAAAAGGCUACCUAUGUUCACGAAUCUAAAGGAGAAAAGCCUUACUUGCUUUAUCUUUGGCAUCUGGCGGAUCAGUAUCAGAUACUGGAUCAUGUGGUGAGUCAAAUUUCCGACAACGUGGCUGCCACUGGAGAUGCAGUUAAGACGGACACUUCCAAGGUUCAACGAAAAAGAAAGAGCGAUGAUGAAGAGGAAGUCUCAAACGUCCGUCAAGCAGUCAUUGCAGGGAAUGUUGCCCUGAUCGAAAUUGGCUACCAACAAUGCUUCGAGAACCUAAGAAGUAUGAAGAAGGAACUCAAGGAAAACAGCAUGGCCUUGAUGAAAGAGCAAGCGGUGACUGGUCCAGAAAGGAACGAGGUUGCCAUUAUCUUUUGGCGAGCUCAAGUUGAAGAUAACGAAAGGGAAAUACGUCGUUUGAACAAGCGAUUGGCUGACUUGGACAAAACAAAGCCACAACCAAAACAGUAA